AUGGUGGUGCUUGUCUACAACCAGGGCCUCAACUUCUUCAGCUGUCUCUACGACUACAAGCUGGUCGAGGCGGGAUUCUCAAGAGACACUUCAAACACCAUAGGGAAUAUAGUGAUCAUCCCCAUCAUCGCCCUCACCUUCUGCUUCGGAGGCUGGACCAGCUCUCUCGGGGGAAAUCGCAACGCCAUCAUGUUCUGCACGGCAGUGAUGGUGGCCAUCUGUCUCUACCUUUUACUGGUCUUCCCCACAGAUGUCUUUUCGAUCUCUGUGGUUACCUUCGCUUUAGGGCUGCUGGACUCAUGGCGUUUCUACAGUUUCGGAGUCUUGAUCAACUCCUUCCCCCUGCAUGCACUGUCAGAAUCCCUAAUCUAUGCUCUCCUGAAGGCGCUUGAGUACCUCUACAACCAUCGUGUGGUGCACCGGGAUAUAAAGCCGGAGAAUAUUCUUUUCAAUGGUUAUGGUCAGCCUUUCCUAACAGACUUCGGAAUUGCCUCUUAUAAUGAGAGUGAGAUCUCUGACAGCAACUCGGGGACGCUUGGUUACAUGUCUCCGGAAGUGAUGCAAUCCCAGAGUCACUCCUACACUGCAGACUACUACGCAAUUGGUGUGAUCGCUUUCUAG